UAGCCCCGCCCCUGCGAGCGUGAGCCUGCCCUACGACCCCGGCCCCGCCCCCAAGUCCAGGAAUCUAGUUCCGCCUCCAUUCCGGUCCGUCCUUCUCCGAUCCUCUGCGCCACCGCAACUUGAAAUCCAGACUCUCAGUUCCCCCAGUAUCCCUCUGCUCGGACCCAUGAGAGCCUCAGGCCCAUCCCCCGAGAAUCUCUUAGCCCUAACGUGUAUCCUCAGCCCCACAUCUGGCACCCUCGGACCACCGCCUCCACCCCGUCGAUGGCUGUAGUCAUAGCUAUGAUUUGCGGGGCAAGUGGUGCUCCAGGGAGGAUCACUGAACUGCUCGAAGUCACAGCAAACCAGCGGAAAAAGAAGGACACGCAGGGCUUUGGGGAGGAGUCGAGGGAGCCCAGCACAGGUGACAACAUCCGGGAGUUCCUGCUGAGCCUCAGAUACUUUCGAAUCUUCAUUGCGCUGUGGAACGUCUUCAUGAUGUUCUGCAUGAUCGUGCUGUUUGGUUCCUGAGCUCCAGACGCAGAACCGAGAACACACCUUCUGAGUCUCUCUUCCUCCGUUCCUGACGACUUCGAGAAUGUUUCUGACCGGAAACCGAGUGACCUUCCCAGAAAGUCCAAGCUUGUGGUGGGUGGAAAAAAUGUUCGCCAAGAUACACACGGUUUCCCAGCCACAUCACUGUUUUCUUUUGAAAGAUAUUUUCACUUUGAUCGCUGCCUUGAAAUGCUGUCUACUUAAGGAGUCUGAGGAGAGUGUAUGUAAAGGGCUGGGAUAAUGUUGCAUUCCCCAAAGAUAAAAGAACCUGUUUAAUCAGAGCAGAAUCUCUCUUCUACCAGGCUUUCCCUGGAAACCCGUUUCUGUGUCUUUCUUGGUUUAUUUUUAAUGACUAUCCUUUUUUGGUUCGAGUUACACGGAUUUGUAAAAAUCUUUCUUAUCCAGGGAUCUGAGGCAGAAAGGUUGGCUUUUUGGUUUGAUGCAGCCUCUUAUUGCACUGUGUUUGUGAUGACUGAGCAAGUUCAUUGUUGCUGGGUCAGUGUCCAGAUUCCUUCCCUAUCACAAUGGGCUGUGCUCGGCCACACGGUGCCACUAAGGUUGCCCCAGGACUUUGAGGGUGAAGUAUUACGGAUUCCCAUGGAAGAGAGGUGCAGAGCAGUUGGCAGGGUGAAUGGGGGUUUUAUGAGAAACUUUGCCUUGCCUGGAAGCCCUCUAUUAAAGUAACUUUCGGGGACCAUUAAUUGUAGAGUCUUUAGAAUGAGAGUGAUUUAUGUGGUGGUACUGGGAUCCAGUUCUGAAAGCUUGGGUUUUGGGGUCUGCUUUUUAAGUGGAUGAUUUCAAGCUUGACAAACAAUAACCCUCAUUUGAGGAAAUACAGCAUUUUGCACAGAA